GGCGGAACCUUCGUUCGUAGGGUUCAGUUUAGCUACAGCUCAAUUUAAAGUAACACCACAACUACAUAUUUCAAGAUGGCCGCGCCCGUAAUUGAAACAUGCCAUGUAGCUUGCUGUGCGAAUAGGACUCCAAAUGUGGUUUCGUGGGGUCGUGGCGGGAUCAUUGCCUUCGGGACGUGUACCUCCGUAGCUCUGUAUGACCCGCAGGAAAGGAGAGUCGUUGCUGUCCUGAAUGGACACACGGGGAGAGUGAACACAGUCCAGUGGGUUCACAGAGAGGACUGUGCUCCGGAGAGUCAUCUCGUCUCGGGAGGCUCAGACGACCGGCUCAUCGUCUGGGAGUCUCGAGAUGGAAAGUUUGCCCAACUGGCGGAGUGCAAAGGCCACACUGGUCCAGUUUGUGCCGUGGACGCCAUCUACGUGGAGGACUCGAGGAUCCUGGUGGCCUCCUCAGCGUCGGACUCCACAGUCCGGCUGUGGCUCUGCAAUGAAGCCGUGGGAGCUCAGUGCCUCCACACCUUAUCAUUUGGCAGCAGUUUCAUGAUGGAUGUCUCGCUGGCACUGUUGCCAGGCAGCAGAGUUCCCAUACUGGCCUGUGGGGGUGAUAACGCUCAAGUGCAUCUGUAUGUGCAGUCGGACGAAGGGCAGCUCCAUAAAGCCAAGUCACUGCAGGGGCAUGAGGACUGGAUUCGUGGAGUGGCCUGGGCUUCUCUAGGUGGAGAGCUGUUAUUAGCCAGCUGUUCCCAGGACUGCCUCAUCAGAGUGUGGCGGCUGUGUGCCAAGUCUGGGAGGGACGCCCACGUAGAGGACGAUCACACCACCAUCCGAAUGAAAGAGGAUGUUUUUGAAGUGAAGGAGAGCGACGUUUCCUCAGUGUUUGCGGUGUCCCUUGAGACGGUCCUGGCAGGCCACGAGAACUGGGUCUAUGGAGUCCACUGGCAGCCUCCGCUCUACAAAGGUGGUGAGCUGCAACAGCCACUCAGUCUGCUCUCAGCCUCCAUGGACAAGACCAUGAUCAUCUGGGCUCCCGAGGAGGGAUCUGGAGUCUGGGUGGAGCAGGUGCGCGUGGGGGAGGUCGGUGGCAACACUCUGGGUUUCUACGGCGGCCAGAUGAGUCCGGACGGCUCCAUGAUCGUGGCUCACGCUUUCCACGGAGCGCUGCAUCUGUGGUGCAGGGAACAGGACAAAGAGGGACAAUGGAGGCCUGGGGUUGUUAUAUCGGGUCACUUUAAUGCCGUCCAGGACCUGAGCUGGGACCCUGAGGGCGAGUUCAUCCUCAGCGUGGGCUCAGACCAGACCACCAGACUCUUCACUCCAUGGAGGAACCAAGAUUCCCAGCAGGUAACCUGGCAUGAGAUCUCCCGGCCACAGAUCCAUGGAUACGACAUGCAGUGCCUGGCAACGGUCGGAAGGUUCCAGUUUGUGUCCGGAGCCGACGAGAAGGUCCUGCGAGUGUUUCAAGCGCCUCGUAAUUUCGUGGAGAAUUUUGCAAACAUCUCUGGGACCUCAAGAGAAAAACUGUUCACGUCGAGUGACUCUGCCAACCUUCCAGAAGGAGCCAGCACACCUGCUUUGGGUCUGUCCAACAAGGCUGUAUUUCAAGGUGACCUUGCCCCAAAAAAGAAGGAAGAAGAGGGAAAGUUCAGCAGCGUGUCCGAUCAAUACCAGGAGUCGUACUUCCACCCGCUCAUCAUGACGGAGCCGCCACCAGAGGAUCAUCUUCUCCAGAACACUCUGUGGCCCGAGGUCCAGAAGCUGUACGGCCACGGCUUUGAGAUGUUCUGUCUCGCUUCGGACAGCACCAGGACAGUGGUGGCAUCUGCAUGCAAGGCAUCUAAAGCUGAGCAUGCAGCAGUUCUGCUGUGGAGUACAGCGACAUGGCGCCAGCUGCAGACGCUGCCGUGCCACACCCUCACCGUCACCCAGAUGGCCUUCUCCCCCGAUGCACAGCUCCUAUUGGCGGUUUCCCGGGAUCGCACCGUGUCUCUGUGGAGACGGGACCCCCCCACACCGACUAGUCCAGAGCCUCGCUUCUCGCUGUACGCACACACAGGAAAGAACACAGCCAUACACAGCCGAAUCAUCUGGUCAUGUGACUGGAGCCCAGACAGCAAGUACUUUGUGACGUCCAGUCGGGACAAGAAGGUGAUUGUGUGGGCGCCACACAGAUUAGAGGAAUCCGGAGACUCUGUACUUCCACCGGAGAUAAAACCGUGUUCUUCCAUCUUGGAUGUGGGAGAUUCUGCUACUGCUGUUGCUUUCUGCCCCUUUCUCUGCAGCAAUAACAGCUACUUGCUCGCUGUGGGCCUGGAGGGCGGCAGGAUCCUGUUGUACCAGUGGAGCCCCGGCCGGGAGCCCGCCGGAGGACGCGACUGGAGCAGCUGUGGCGAAACUGACAUUCUACAGAGCCACGCUUUGACGGUGAAGAGGCUCCGUUGGAGGCCCCGGCCCGGCCGAGUGGGUCACCGGAGCAACGGUCCGGGCGGAGACGGGGCGGUUGCGGAGGAGAACUCCUGGGUGCAGCUCGCCAGCGCCAGCGCCGACCACUCUGUCAAGAUCUUCAACGUCAACAGACGGGCUCUUUAGCACCAACAAGCGGGUGACCCUGCUGCGUCUCUGGACCGAGGGCCGCAGCUGGUCGCUGGCACGCCACUCAAACGCCGAGACGGCAAGUCGAGUCAUGGGUCAGUCGAGGGACAAACACACACACAGGCGCCCUGCAGUCUGUCGGCACGCAGCUGAGCACAUCGGAUGGGUGGAAGUAAGAUGCUUAAAAAGCCUGUGAACACGGGCUGCUGCUGCUGAUGAUGAUUGUUCUACAAGUUGACAUGUACACGCUUUUCAGUGACCAAAUUAAAGAAGGUAAUCACACAGAUAUAUUGGUUUGAUUUAUGACAAAGUGAACGUGAUUUUAAAAAGAUUUAAAAUACAAAAAUGUGUUAUUUACAAGAUGGUUCAUUUACAGGGCUCCACAUGGGGCAUUUCUGUUUAUUUUAGGUUUAUUUUUAGGUUUUUAUUUUUUAUUUUGCAGGUCACGUUGCUUUAUUUCAGAUUUCGACAUUCCAGCCACAUAAAUAAGAAAACUCAUGACUUGGAGUGCUUACUAAUUGUUAUAUUUCCAACCAGCGAAGUAGAACGCAUGAAAGUUUCCAUUUUUGGGGAGUUGUACCUCUGGUCUACGUGCAAGCCUUGAUCACCAAUCGGAUUUCUACUGUAAUAAACAUAGAAAAGUACAACAUUAAAGGGAAAAAUGUCCAAUUUUUUAUUUUUAAAAUCCUGUUGUCUUGCAUCUCUGUCCAUUUCAUUUUUGGAGACAUGAAUUUGAAGAUUGCAAGCAGUUGUCAGUACAGAAUAGUUUGCAGUUAAUAAAAUGCCUUGUUUGUUACAAGCAGUAGCUCAGGAUCAAUCAAUUGAGGAGUCCGGUUAUCGAACACGGCAGCUUAAAUAGAUUACGCUACACCUGCUCUGCGGGAUUCUCAAGGACGGAGGAAGACGACGGUAGAUUUAGUACGGGCUCAGCUGAGGGUGCCAUCGUUAUGGCAGCCAUAAAUUUACCUGCAAGAGAUUGUAACUGCUGCCCAUAACUCUCUCUAAUCACGUGUCCUGGUCUGUAUGGAGACAUCCGUCAACCACGUCCCACAGGCCCCUCCGAGAAAUGGCUGGGUUGUUUUUUUUCCGGUGAAAUGAGGUCUCGGGACGAUACGGCCGUAUAUCAAGGGAUUUUCCACACGUGCCACAGUGUAAUUAUCGAAGCAUUAUCAGGAACAUUUCAAUUACGUGACUAAUCAUCUUUGUUGAGAUUUUCAUCGACACAUUUUGUGUGAGGAGCUCAGAGACGUAUCCUUCUUUUGUCCUCCAAUGUGCUCAUGACUGCUUUAUUUUGAUGAGCUUUUAUUGACAAUACUAAUAAUAAGUAGGGAUCACAUCUAAAGACCCUCAACCGCUGCAAAGGAACGCUGACCAAAGGCAAAAAAACCAUCGCAAGGGGUUUCUACCAACCCCAGUUUACCAAUUACUAGGUUUUAUUUGAAAUAGCUUGAGCUUUCUUUCUAUUAAUAUUGUUACAGUUCAGCCUUUCUGAAAUAGAGGAACAUGAAGAAUCCCUGACGGAAGUUUAAAAAAAAAUUAGCAAACAUUGUUAUUAGGGCCGGGACUUUAGCGCGUUAAUUACGAUUAAUUAAUUACACAUUACGCAUUUUUACACUUAUUUUUUGCACCGCGGAAAGUUUCUCACUGGAUGAGUUUCGGGGGGACCGAUUAUACUGGAGCACCAACUAGCGUUCAUGACUUCAGACAACAACAAACCACAGUGAACAUGAACGAAGAAGCUGACGAGACCGUGUCGGGUGGCCCCGUGAAUGGGAAAUUUUAUUAUAAAAAACAAAUGGAUGGAAGCGUCGAUAAGAGCAUGGUUGUGUGCAAGCUGUGCAACAAGGAAUUCACAUCGAGCCUCAAGUAUCACCUCAACGCUAAACAAUUAGCAGCUAGCGUGGACGUUAGCCCGACUCCGAGUACAAGGACCCACACCCAACCCACACUGCACCAGAUGACUGAUUUAAGGACCAGGGUAACUAAGUCCACGUCUGAAAAAAUA